CUGCCUCAGGGAUGAACCCCAGCCCCUCCCCAGCGCCAGGCUCCAGCCUCGACAGCGCACAGCUCUCCGCGGUGCAGCCGUGAGCCGUCAGCCCCCCUCCUCUCGGAAGCCCGGGGCCUGGCUUGGCACGGCCCAGCACCAGCUGGGACGCCAUUACAAGACUGAGUCUCCUCCUUCGCAAGCCGGGCCCGAGACCACCUCCCAGGGUUCUCUGUGUUAUGGAAAGAGGAAAGAGAAACUAGGAGUAUUUUUAAAAAAUCAUUGAUUCCUCCUUAAGUUAUUGUGGUCUUCUGAACUAGUAUGACAGAUACCUAGCAUCCAGCAGAAUAAUGGCAGCUGCUUACCUUGACCCAAACUUGAACCACACACCAAAUUCAAGUACUAAGAUUCACCUGGGUACUGGCACGGAACGUUCCCCUGGUGCCAUGGAGCGAGUGUUAAAAGUCUUUCAUUAUUUUGAAAGCAACAGUGAGCCAACCACCUGGGCCAGUAUCAUCAGGCAUGGAGAUGCUACUGAUGUCAGGGGCAUCAUACAGAAGAUAGUGGACAGUCACAAGGUGAAGCAUGUGGCCUGCUAUGGAUUCCGCCUGAGUCACCUGCGGUCCGAGGAGGCUCACUGGCUCCACGCGGACAUGGGCGUCUCCAGCGUGAGGGAGAAGUAUGAGCUGGCCCACCCCCCGGAGGAGUGGAAAUAUGAAUUGAGAAUUCGUUAUUUGCCGAAAGGAUUUCUUAACCAGUUUACUGAAGACAAGCCAACUCUGAAUUUCUUCUAUCAGCAGGUGAAGAGUGACUACAUGGCAGAGGUGGCUGAUCAGGUGGACCAGGAAAUCGCUUUGAAGUUGGGUUGUCUAGAAAUUCGGAGAUCCUACUGGGAGAUGAGGGGCAAUGCGCUAGAAAAGAAGUCCAAUUAUGAAGUGUUAGAAAAAGAUGUUGGUUUAAAGCGAUUUUUCCCUAAGAGUUUACUGGAUUCUGUCAAGGCCAAAACCCUGCGAAAACUGAUCCAGCAGACGUUCCGGCAGUUCGCCAACCUCAACAGGGAGGAGAGUAUUCUCAAAUUCUUCGAGAUCCUGUCUCCGGUGUACAGAUUCGAUAAGGAAUGCUUCAAGUGUGCGCUCGGGUCAAGCUGGAUUAUUUCGGUGGAGCUGGCCAUUGGCCCGGAAGAAGGGAUCAGUUACCUGACGGACAAGGGCUGCAGUCCCACACAUCUGGCUGACUUCAAUCAAGUACAGACCAUUCAGUAUUCAAACAGCGAGGACAAGGACAGGAAAGGAAUGCUUCAACUGAAAAUAGCUGGCGCACCCGAGCCUCUGACAGUGACGGCACCAUCACUGACCAUUGCCGAGAAUAUGGCUGACCUGAUAGAUGGGUACUGCCGGCUGGUGAACGGGGCCACGCAGUCCUUCAUCGUCAGACCCCAGAAAGAAGGUGAACGAGCUCUGCCGUCCAUACCAAAGUUGGCCAACAGCGAGAAGCAAGGCAUGAGGACACACGCGGUGUCGGUGUCGGAUGAAAUUAGUGGGGACGAAACGGACGAUUAUGCUGAAAUUAUAGAUGAAGACGACACGUACACGAUGCCCUCAAAAAGCUAUGGAAUAGAUAAAGCCAGGGAUUAUGAGAUUCAAAGAGACAGAAUAGAGCUUGGACGAUGCAUCGGAGAAGGCCAGUUUGGAGACGUGCAUCAAGGACUGUACGUGAGUCCAGAGAAUCCAGCUUUGGCGGUUGCAAUUAAAACAUGUAAAAACUGUACCUCGGACAGCGUGAGAGAGAAAUUUCUCCAAGAAGCCUUGACCAUGCGUCAGUUUGACCACCCUCACAUUGUGAAGCUCAUUGGCGUUAUCACGGAGAACCCCGUCUGGAUAAUCAUGGAGCUGUGCACGCUUGGAGAGCUGAGGUCGUUUUUGCAAGUAAGGAAAUACAGUUUGGAUCUAGCCUCCUUGAUCCUGUAUGCUUAUCAGCUUAGCACAGCUCUGGCAUAUCUAGAGAGCAAAAGAUUCGUACACAGGGAUAUAGCAGCUCGGAAUGUUCUUGUGUCCUCAAAUGAUUGUGUGAAAUUAGGAGACUUUGGACUGUCCCGCUAUAUGGAAGAUAGCACCUACUACAAAGCUUCCAAAGGAAAAUUGCCUAUUAAGUGGAUGGCUCCAGAGUCCAUCAAUUUUCGACGUUUUACCUCAGCUAGUGACGUGUGGAUGUUUGGUGUAUGUAUGUGGGAGAUACUGAUGCAUGGUGUGAAGCCUUUUCAAGGAGUGAAGAACAAUGAUGUGAUCGGUCGAAUUGAAAAUGGGGAAAGAUUACCAAUGCCUCCAAAUUGUCCUCCCACCCUCUACAGCCUUAUGACGAAAUGCUGGGCCUAUGACCCCAGCAGGCGGCCCAGGUUUACUGAACUUAAAGCUCAGCUCAGCACAGUACUGGAGGAGGAGAAGGCUCAACAAGAGGAACGCAUGAGGAUGGAGUCCAGAAGACAGGCCACGGUGUCCUGGGACUCCGGAGGGGCAGACGAAGCACCACCCAAGCCCAGCAGACCUGGCUAUCCUAGCCCGAGAUCCAGUGAAGGGUUUUACCCCAGCCCACAGCACAUGGCCCAGACCAAUCAUUACCAGGUCUCGGGCUACCCUGGCUCUCAUGGGAUCACAGCCAUGGCCAGCAGCUUCUACCCAGGUCAGGCGUCUCUUUUGGACCAGUCAGAGUCCUGGAAUCAUAGACCUCAGGAGAUAGCCAUGUGGCAGCCCAGCCUGGAGGACUCUGCCGCCUUGGAUCUACGAGGGAUGGGCCAGGGGCUGCCGAGCCACCUGAUGGAAGAGCGGCUGAUCCGACAGCAGCAGGAAAUGGAGGAAGAUCAGCGCUGGCUGGAAAAGGAAGAGAGAUUUCUGAAGCCUGAUGCGCGGCUCUCUCGAGGCAGCAUUGACCGGGAGGAUGGAGGUCUCCAGGGUCCGACUGGAGGCCAACACAUAUACCAGCCUGUGGGUAAGCCAGAUCCUGCAGCUCCGCCAAAGAAGCCGCCACGGCCUGGAGCCCCUGGCCACCUGGGCAGCCUCGCCAGCCUCGCCAGUCCCGGGGACAGCUACAACGAGGGCAUUAAGCUUCAGCCCCAGGAAAUCAGCCCCCCUCCUACCGCCAACCUGGACCGCUCCAACGACAAGGUGUAUGAGAAUGUGACAGGCCUGGUGAAAGCCGUCAUCGAGAUGUCCAGCAAGAUCCAGCCAGCCCCGCCGGAGGAGUACGUGCCCAUGGUGAAGGAAGUUGGCUUGGCUCUAAGGACUUUGUUGGCCACCGUGGAUGAGACCAUCCCUGUGCUCCCGACCAGCACGCACCGAGAGAUCGAGAUGGCACAGAAGCUGUUGAACUCUGACCUGGGUGAGCUCAUCAGCAAGAUGAAGCUGGCCCAGCAGUACGUCAUGACCAGUCUGCAGCAGGAGUACAAGAAGCAGAUGCUCACAGCUGCUCACGCGCUGGCCGUGGACGCCAAAAACCUGCUCGAUGUGAUUGAUCAAGCAAGACUCAAAAUGCUUGGGCAGACGAGACCGCACUGAGCUUGCGCGGCGCGCCUCCCUGCCCUCCCUGGAGAUGUUCUCUGGCCUUCCACCAGCAGCGAAGGAUGACCUGUGUGUCCCUGGCUCAGCGCCCACGGCUCCAGCUCUGUUGACGGCUGCUUGAAAGUCUUCUCUCUCUUGUAUGUUUUAACCACAUUUUGAUUGGGUUUGGGGGAGUUUUUGUUUUUGUUUCUUUUAUCGUGAUAUUCUGAAAAAUCCAGGAUCCAAAAUGUGGCAUUUUUCUGGGAAUGGGAAUUACGCGUUAAGAGGCUUUUGAGAUCAUGAAGAGCUGUUUCUGUUCAUGUAGGAUGUGUUUUAAUGGAAAUGGCGAAGGGGGGAGGUGUGCUCACUCCUGAGCCACCUUCGCUGCACGUUGGAGGGAGAGUAUGUUGUGAAGAAUUCCAGGAAACCCACGCGGCUGAGGAUUUUCUGGUCUGCCGCGGAAUAUUAUCCAGACUCGAAUUUUUCGUUUGUUAGAACACCCUUCAGUUGCAUUAUGCUAACCCUUCUUUACAAAGAAAGAAUAUUAAAGCUCUAUUUUGAAGACUUGAGUCCUUUCAGGAAAAAACCAACCUGCCUCCCUCUUGGCUCCCUGCCUCCGACUUCCUGUGACUGCGGAGCGUCCGACUGGAGCCGGCUGGAGAACACAGCUGGACGCCUGUCCUCACCAGAACCACGUGCCAGUUUUUUGUAGCAAUGUUAUUCCUCUUGGAAGCAGAAGUGCUUUAUACCAGAGCACCUCCAAACUCCAUCAAGAAGUUCCAGGACCACCCCUGUUUUCCAUUUUUAUGUAAUUUAUAAGGAAAAGAUUAAAGCCAUGUUGACUAUUUUACAGCCACUGGAGCUAACUAACCUUACGUCAUGUGUCUGUCUUCCCAGGAGAGGAUCCAGCAAAAACAGAGGGACUUGGUUUGCUUUGGGUGUCUAGUUACACCAUCUAUCCUGUUAAAUAAUUUUGAAGAAAUACACCCUCCCUUUAGUGUGUUGGGGGAUAUAAAUUAUUCUCAGGAAGAAUAUAAUGAACUGUACAGUUACUUCAGCCUAUUAAAGAGGUGUUAUCAGUAAAGUUCUUGUGGCAAUA